AUGGAUUUCUUAUCUAGCUUGGCCAAAGGCGGGGACCACCAGCCCAAGCCCACUUCCGAUCAGCCCAACAACCCCGACCACAAGCCCGCCUCCAACUCCGAUCUCCUCGCCAGCGCCAGGCUCGUCGCCGACGCGGCCCAGGCCCAAUUCCGCAACGAGCCCGAGAAGUACGACAAGAAUAAAGUCGCCGGCGCAGCCGCUGACCUCCUCCAGGCCGCCUCCGACUACGGCAAGCUUGACGAGACCAAAGGCGCCGGAAAGUACAUCGACCAGGCAGAGAGCUACCUCCGCAAGUACGGCACCUCCAGCCCCUCCGCCGCCGGCGAGCACAAACCCGCCGCCGAUGCUGAAACUGCUCCCGCUAAGGAGAGUGCUGAGAGCGAGAAGCCGUCCGGCGGCGGUGGGGAUUAUCUGAAGAUGGCAGAGGGUCUCCUGAACAAGCCUUCGACUGCCGGCGAGAAGUCGGAAAGUGGAUAUGGUGAUCUGAUGAAGAUGGCCGGCGGUUUCUUGAAUAAAUAG